AAAAGAUGAAUCAGCUGGCCGGUGUAAGCAGGCUACGGAAAGAAGAGGCAUGGCUGCUGGACCAGCUCAGGGCGACCUUUUGAAAAUGACCCACAGAGAAAACUGGAAGGUGCAGCACGAGAGGCUGCACAUGAAGCACCGCGGCCAUGAGGCCAUGCACGCGGAGAUGGUGCUCAUCCUCAUCGCCACCCUGGUGGUGGCGCAGAUCGUCCUGGUGCAGUGGAAGCAGAGGCACUGCAGGUCGUACAACUUGGUGACCUUGGUGCAAAUGUGGGUCGUCCCGCUGUACUUCACGAUAAAACUGUACUGGUGGCGGUUCCUGUCCACGUGGGGGAUGUUCUCCGUUAUCACCAGCUACGUCAUCUUCAGAGCCACCCGAAAGCCCCUUUCUGGCAGGACGCCACGGAUGGUGUACAAGUGGUUCCUUCUCAUAUACAAACUGAGCUACGCAGUCGGUGUCAUUGGGUACCUGGCAAUUAUGUUCACGAUGUUCGGAUUCAAUGUAUUCUUCAGGAUUAAAGCAGAGGAUUCAAUGGAUGUGGGAGUGAUUAUGCUGUUCUACGGGCUGUACUAUGGAGUCAUGGGCCGAGACUUCGCAGAGAUAUGCUCGGAUUACAUGGCAUCGACAAUAGGUUAUUACAAUGUCGGCGGCAUGCCUUCGAGAACGCUCCGUGAUGACAUCUGCGCUGUGUGCGGGCAGAAGAUCUUUGUGGACGUGGAUGAGGAAGGGAUAAUUGAGGACACAUACCAGCUGUCGUGCAAUCACAUAUUCCAUGAAUUCUGUAUUCGGGGUUGGUGCAUUGUGGGAAAGAAGCAGACCUGCCCCUACUGCAACGAGAAGGUCGAUCUGAAGAGAAUGAUGAACAACCCCUGGGAGAGGACGCACGUUUUAUAUGGUCAGUUGUUGGACUGGCUGAGAUACCUCGUUGCCUGGCAACCUGUCAUAAUUGGCAUUGUUCAUGGUAUUAAUUUCUCUUUAGGCCUGGAAUAG